AUGGCUCCACAUCCCUUCGAUGCCAUCUCCCCAGGGGAGAUGCAACUGGCCUCCAAGCUUAUCAAGGACACUUACAGCUCCGAGAAGCCUCACUUUGUCCAGAUGGACCGUGUGGAUCCACCUAAGAAGGACAUGCUCAUUUACCUCGAGGCUGAAAAGAAGGGCUACAAGCUGCCUGCCAUCCCAAGAAUUGUCCAGGCCUACUAUUACAUUGGUGUUGAAUUAAAGAAGGCAUUGGUGAACGUUUCCUUUGGCCAUGUCAUCACCAUAGCUGAUACUCCAAAGGGAACCGUCGGUCCUAUUCUGCCAGAAGACAUGAUCGCUCUGGAGGAUCUGGCCAUGGAACAUCCUAUUGUCAAGGCUGAAAUUGCCAAGUUGCAGCUUCCAGACAACAUUGUCGUUAGAUCGGACCCAUGGAUCUACGGUACUGACGAUGACAACGAGGACAGGUUCCUCGUUCAGUUUUUCAUGUACUUGGCCGAUGCCACGCACUCCGAAUCGAAUCAUUACUCUUUGCCAUUGAAGUUCUGUCCUGUAUUUGAGGCUUUGACCCAAGAAUUCAUCAGAAUCGACUAUCUUCCAUCGGGUGUUGACUCUACCGUUACUGCUACCAUGAAGUGGGAGCCCAAGCCAAUCAUCGAGUACCACCCAGAUUUGAACGGUGAAUCGCUUAGAGACAUCAAGCCAUUGCUGGUUUCCCAGCCAGAGGGCCCAUCUUUUGAAAUAGAUGGCUCCAAGGUCAAAUGGCAGGGCUGGGAGUUUGUCGUGGCUCCUAACGUUAGAGAAGGUUUUGCCAUUUACGAUGUGAGCUUCAAGGGAAGGUCAAUUAUGUACAGACUGGCUUUAUCCGAGAUGACCGUUCCAUAUGGUGACCCAAGAGCGCCUUUCCACAGAAAACAGGCAUUUGACCUGGGUGACUGUGGAUUUGGAACCAACGGUAACCACCUGUCUCUCGGUUGCGACUGUCUCGGAGUCAUCAAGUACAAGGACUGUUACAGAUGCAACGGAGAUGGUGAGCCUGUGUUGAUGCCUAACACUGUUUGUAUGCACGAGCAGGACUACGGAUUGUUGUACAAGCAUGUGAACUACAGAACCAACGGGGCCGUUGUUGCCAGAAGACGUGAGUUUGUGGUCCAGACCAUUGCUACCGUUGCCAACUACGAGUACAUCGUGAACAUUGUCUUCGACCAGGCCGGACAAAUUUCUAUCCAGGUCAGGGCUACAGGAAUUUUGUCCACUACUCCUCUUGAUGACGAUUCCGAGGUUCCAAGCUUUGCAACCCGUGUCGGACCAGGUGUCAUGGCUCCAUUCCACCAGCACAUGCUCUCUUUCAGAAUUGACCCUGCCAUUGAUGGCCACAGCAACUCGGUCGCCUACGACGAUGUUUUGCAGAUGGCCCCUCACACCAAGGAGAACCCCCACAGUGUUGGAUUUUACUCUCAGCGUACAUUUGUUGAGAAGUCUGGCUCCAUUGCCCAGAACCCAUGGACCAACCGUGCCUACAAGAUUGUCAACGAGAACGUGAUCAACCCAACGACAAAGAAGCCUGUUGCCUAUAAAGUUGCCCUUCCAGCACGUAACAUGAUCCUCGGUCAUCCAGACAGUUUCACCUACAAGCGUGCCCACUUUGCUACCGAGCAGAUCUGGGUCACCAAGUACAGAGACAACCAGCUGUAUGCCUCCGGCGAGUUCACCAACCAAUCGCAUGUCGACACUGGUCUUAAGGAGUGGGCCAACGGUGAUGACAGUGUGAGAAACGAGGAUAUCGUUGUUUGGGCCACUCUUGGUUUCACUCACGUUCCAAGAUCUGAGGACUUCCCAGUUAUGCCUGUUGAGAUCCACCAGAUUGACUUGGUUCCUUAUGGUUUCUUUGAGCACAACCCAGCUCUGGACAUUCCCCAGGCUAACAACCGUUUUAACAAGUCUGUUUUGGUUAAGGACGGUCAAGCCGGCUCGUGCUGCAGCAAGAGUGCUCUCUAG